AUGAUGACAUCUCCAGUGUUUGUUCUCUAUCUCACAUGUCUGUUCAUGGGGAAAAUGGCUCAGCUGACUGAUCUGAAAUCCUCCUCAUCUGUUCAUCAAGGGAGCGGAUUUAUAUCAGCUAAUGUUGGUGACAGCGUAACUUUAAAAUGUUCUGUUAAAGGUGAUGAUGCUGGAAAGCUUUAUUGGUACAAACAACCCCCCAGAGAGAAACCAAGACUCAUCUCCUUCUUUUACGAGUUUGACAGAAAUUACACUUUUUAUGAUGAAUUCAAGAACAAUCCACGCUUCACACUGGACACUGGAAACAGUAAAAAUCACUUGACGUUCACAGAUUUACAGAUUUCAGACUCAGCUACUUACUACUGUGUUAGUUCUCAUUUUAAAAUAUUUAAAUUUUUGGAGGUCACUACGCUUAAUGUUAAGGUAGACUCUCUUGUCUUGGUGUAUUUCUUGAGUGGAGCUUUGGCGUUCACCACCAUCCUCAGUGUUUUACUGGCUUUCUCAAUGUACAAGAUGAAAAGAAACAGCCAUUCAAAAGUACCUGGCAGCAUCAACUGCUGGUGUUAUCAUAUUGAUCAGAAAAAGGAUAUGACCAAGUCAGGAGAAACAUUCACAUCUGCUGGGUGUCCAAACCUGGACAGUGCACACAUGUACACCCACCACGACACUGUCAGUCAGAUGGAGGAAGUGAUAGUAAUGACCAUAACCAGCACUGUAGAUGACCGCAUCUCCAACAGCAGAUAUGUCAGGGUGAUAGUCGAUGAAACUACUAAUAUCACAGUAGAGAUUAUGCUGAUCUCAUACCUGAAACAUGAGCAGAGAGGGGAGUCUGAAGCUGUGUUCAUUGGAAAUCAUAGCAAAAUAAGAUUACCGUGGGAGAAUUUGGACUUCAACACUGACCUCGACAGUCCACUCAAUGCAUCUUGCUACCUGGGUGCUGACAGUACAUUGAAGAGCAUGGGCUGGAUGGUUUACAUUGUGUCUGUAACCACUAUGGGUCACAGAGGGGUGCAGCUGUGCCACUAG